CCGCUCGCACUUGACUUCUCUCUUCUUGCCGCCUCCUCCUCCUCCUCUUCUUCCCACCCACACAGACACAGGCUACGCAAGAGCGGCGAGGGAGGAGAAGGAAGAGGAGCGGGGGAUGGCGGGCUGCGGUGAAGCCAAGACAUCAUCGGUUUCCAUGGAUGAAGAGGCGUGCGGCAUAGAGAAGAAGUUUGGCGGGAUGGCGCCCAAGAAGCCUCUCAUAUCAAAGGACCAUGAGCGUGCCUACUUCGACUCCGCAGAUUGGGUCCUUGGCAAGCAAGCUGCAAACAGCAGCUCAACGGCUGCGGUCGAAUCGCUCAAGCCCAAGCUCAAGAGAACUCCUCAUCCCCAGCUUCCCCCUCGCAAGCCCACCUGUGCGUCUGGCUGAGACACAAGGGGGUCACACUGCAGCAGCAGCAGCCAGCAGGUGAAGAGCUCGUAGGGAGGAGAGGAGCGAGCUCGGAUUAAUGUUGUUUAGCUGCUCCCAAAUUCGUAAUGUAGGAAACAACUUUGCAUGCGAAUUGGCUUGGCACUUGCUGCCUCUACGUCUGUCACAAGUGAUUAACCGUCGCUAUCAUGGUUAUCGAGUCGGAUGGCAUUUGCUGUUUCA